UGAUACAAAGAAAACCACAUAUGGUAGUGCAUACUUCAUUAAAUGUAUGAAACUUUGAUAUAUGUAAAUUAUAUGACUUAAAUAUAUCUUUUUUAGAGCAGAAGGAAAACUAAAAGGCUUAGUAGAUAAGAAUCACAUACAAACUAUGGGGUUUUAGAUAUAUCAAUCAUUUAUUAUGGUGUACAAAAUUGUGGCGGAGGUUCUUGCCAAUCGAAUUACAAUAUGAACGAUGAGCGAUUGAUUUGAAGUUUGAACUCUGAAGACGUUCGUUGUUUCUUUCUCUAUUCGAAUCGAUCUAACCUAAUCUUUGUUCUUGCGACAUCCCUCCUGUUCUUGUUAUUGUUCAUCGACAAAUUUCCACCGACAAAUUAAGCGACCAACGGACCUCCGACCUGGUUAUUGACCUCCGGUAGCUAAGGGGAAAUGAAGACUUCCACAUCUUCUUCCCUAUGUGCUAUCAUUCCUGUAAAUUGCAUUUUAAAUUGUUCAAAUCAGCUAGCUUACCCUUGCAGUUUCAGUUUGAAGUUAUCAAGAGGAAACAGAGUGCUCAAAGUUUCUCAAUUGAAGGCUAGCUUUUGGGAAUCCAUUAGAUCUGGGUUGAUAAAGAACAACUCUACACAGGUUAUAGAACCACCUUCUUCCACUCCACAAGAAGAUGAAGAACAAGAACCUCUACCUGAGGAAUUUGUACUUGUUGAAAAAACCUUGCCAGAUGGCACAAUUGAACAGAUUAUCUUCUCAUCUGGUGGAGAUGUUGACAUAUAUGACCUUCAAUCCUUAUGUGAUAAAGUUGGGUGGCCUAGAAGACCACUAUCAAAGCUAGCAGCUGCACUAAGAAACAGCUACAUGGUAGCAACACUGCAUUCCAUAAAGAAAUCAGCAGCUGGAGAAGAAUUAGAUAAUGAGAAAAAGCUGAUAGGAAUGGCUCGUGCCACAUCAGAUCAUGCAUUCAAUGCAACAAUAUGGGAUGUCCUUGUAGAUCCUAGCUACCAGGGGCAAGGUUUGGGGAAGGCUUUGAUUGAGAAGAUUAUAAGGGCUCUACUUCAGAGAGACAUUGGGAACAUAACACUGUUUGCAGAUAGUAAAGUUGUAGAGUUUUAUAGGAAUCUAGGGUUUGAAGCUGAUCCAGAGGGUAUUAAGGGUAUGUUUUGGUACCCAAGGUUUUAGAUGAAGGGGGAGGUGAUACUUGAUACUUGAUAUUACUCAAAAUGGUAUGUAUGCAUACCAUUUCUCAUCCUUUUUAAUAGGGUUCAAAACAAGCUCAAAAUGCACAUUUUUCCCACCAUGUAAAAUUACAUGCAUGAUGAUGCUUCAUGAAGUUUUAUUGUAGCCUAAGACGUUUGAAGUUAUUGAAAGAUGUAAAAAGUUUGUGCAA